AUGCAACGCGUGUGCGAUUCGCGCAGCGACUGUGCUCGCCCUUGUGCACGCGGCGAUUACUCCAUCCAAUCCGCCUCGUCGACUCUCCUCGAGUGCAACGAUCGCAGACCAUCUUGCGAAAAUAUUUUCGGGCCGUCCGUACAAGGUAUCGACACAUUUUUCGCGCUCGACUCUGAAAUCAUCGGCUCGGGACAAUUCGGUACAGUUCGUCACUGCGUGCACCGCGAAACCGGGUUACCCUUCGCAUGCAAGUCCAUCUCGAAACGGCAGCUGUUGACGGAGGACGCUCGGGACAAGCUUCGACGGGAGGUUCGGACGAUGUCGCGAGUCGCGAACCACCCAUGCGUGGUGCAGCUUCGCGGAGUUUUCGAGGACGCAGAUUCAGUGCACCUGGUCAUGGAUCUGUGCGACGAGGGCGAGCUUUUCGGCGUGAUCGCCCAACGCGGUUCGCUAACAGAGGAAGAGGCGGCGCUGGUUCUCUGGCAGCUCGCAUCCGGUGUCGCGUUCUGCCACUCGCGCGGCGUGCUGCACCGCGACUUGAAACCAGAAAACAUUCUCUUAAGCAUGGAGAGUAUCCCUAGUAACUCAGUUUUCCCAAGCGAAAGUGGGGCUUGUAACGAAGCAGACUGUAACGAGGGCAACGCCGAUUUCCUCGCUGUCAGAAUCGCGGAUUUUGGGCUCGCGAUCGAGCUGGAAGCACACCAAGUGGCUCGCGGCGCGGCGGGAUCUCCGCUUUACGUUGCUCCCGAAGUUCUCACCGGCGAAUACGGUUACGCCGCGGAUGUCUGGUCGCUGGGGGUUCUUCUCUUCGUCAUGCUUAGCGGUCGCCCGCCAUUUUGGGGAAACUCGAACGUGGAAAUUUUCGAGUCUAUCCUGCACGAGCAUUCCGACCACCACUCCCUCCUGCUUCCCCCACCCCAUCUUUCCCAGUUAAUUCACCCUUCCCCACAACACCAACACCCUCCGCCUCACUCUCUCUCCCUCCCUCCAAUCCUAAAUACACCCCUCCCUCCCCCCCUCCCCCUCCACUCCUCACCUCCUCCCCUCCCUCCCCACCCUUCACCAACCCCUCCCCUGCCCCUUCCCCCUCUCCUUCCGCCUCCUCCCCUGCACCACUCCCCUUGCGCCCCCCCUGUUUCUUCCCCAGCCUCCCCGCCCCCACCAUCCCCCCUGCCGACACUGCCCGGCCAAACAGCCAUGCCCACGCCUCCACUGUGGUUUGCACCGGGCCUGGCACCUUGCGAGAGCGCGGGGAGGGCGAAGGAGACGGGGAGAGCGAUGGAAUGA